AUGGCUACAGGAGGAGGUCCUUUUGAGGAAAGCAUGAAUGAUCCAGAUUUGCCGAACUGGAGCAAUGAAAUCAUUGAUGACCGACUCAAUAAUAUGGACUGGAGUAGCCAACAGAAAAAGGCAAAUAGAUCAUCAGAAAAGAAUAAGAAAAAGUUUGUAGAAAGUGAUAAAAGGGUAACUAAUGAUAUUUCUCCGGAGUCAUCACCAGGAGUUGGAAGGCGAAGAACAAAGGCUCCACAUACAUUUCCACACAGUAGAUACAUGACUCAGAUGUCUGUUCCGGAGCAGGCAGAAUUAGAGAAACUUAAACAGCGGAUAAACUUCAGUGAUUUAGAUCAGAGAAGCAUUGGAAGUGACUCUCAAGGUAGAGCAACAGCUGCUAACAACAAACGUCAGCUUAGUGAAAACAGAAAGCCCUUCAACUUUUUGCCUAUGCAGAUUAAUACUAACAAGAGUAAAGAUGCUGCUACAAGUCCUCAAAAGAGAGAGGCGAUCAGAUCAGCACAAUGUAAAGAGUUGUUUGCUUCUGCUUUAAGUAAUGACCUUUUGCAAAACUGUCAAGUCUCUGAAGAAGAUGGUAGAGGAGAGCCUGCAAUGGAAAGCAGCCAGAUUGUAAGCAGGCUUGUUCAAAUUCGUGACUAUAUUACUAAGGCUAGUUCCAUGCGUGAAGAUCUCGUAGAAAAAAAUGAAAGAUCUGUUAAUGUUGAGCGCCUUACUCAUCUUAUAGAUCACCUUAAAGAACAAGAAAAGUCAUAUAUGAAAUUUCUCCAAAAAAUCCUUGCCAGGGAUCCUCAGCAGGAGCCUUUGGAAGAGAUAGAAAAUUUGAAGAAACAACAUGAUUUAUUAAAACGGAUGUUACAGCAGCAGGAACAGUUGAGAGCUCUACAGGGACGACAAGCUGCUCUCCUGGCUCUGCAGCAUAAAGCAGAGCAGGCUAUUGCUGUGAUGGAUGAUUCUGUUGUAACAGAAACUGCAGGUAGUCUCUCAGGAAUCAGUAUAACAUCUGAAUUAAAUGAAGAGUUAAAUGAUUUAAUUCAGCGUUUUCAUAACCAGCUUCGUGAUUCUCAGCCACCAACUGUUCCAGACAAUAGAAGACAGGCAGAAAGUCUUUCAUUAACUAGGGAGGUUUCCCAGAGCAAGAAUCCAUCCAUUUCAGAACAUUUACCUGAUGAGAAAGUCCAGCUUUUUAGCAAAAUGAAAGUGCUACAGGAAAAGAAACAAAAAAUGGACAAAUUGCUUGGAGAGCUUCACACACUUCGAGAUCAGCAUCUGAACAAUUCUACAUCCUCUCCUCAAAGGAGUGUGGAUCAGAGAAGUACACCUGCUCCGUCUGCUCCUGUAGGCUUAGCAACAGUCAUCAAUGGAGAAUCCAACAGUCUCACGUCAUCCAUUCCUUAUCCUACUGCUUCUCUCAUUUCUCACAAUGAAAGUGAAAAUGAAGGACAUCUAAAUCCAACUGAAAAACUCCAGAAGUUAAAUGAAGUUCGAAAGAGAUUGAAUGAACUGAGAGAAUUAGUUCACUAUUACGAACAAACAUCAGACAUGAUGACAGAUGCUGUAAAUGAAAACACAAAAGAUGAAGAAACUGAAGAAUCAGAAUAUGAUUCUGAGCAUGAAAAUUCUGAACCUGUUACUAACAUUCGAAAUCCACAAGCAGCUGCCCCCUGGAAUGAAGUAAAUAGUAAUACUAAUGCACAGUGUAUUUCUAAUAAUAGAGACGGGAGAUCAGUUAAUUCUAAUUGUGAAAUUAACAACAGAUCUGCUGCCAACAUAAGAGCUCUAAACAUGCCUUCUUCUUUAGACUGUCGAUAUAAUAGAGAGGAAGAACAUGGGAUUCAUGCCACACAAGGUGAAGAUGAGGAGGAAGAGGAGGAAGAUGCAGAAGAGGAGGAAGUCAGUGGAGCUUCAUUAUCUAGUCAUAGGAGCAGUCUGGUUGAUGAGGCUCCAGAAGAUGCUGAAUUUGAACAGAAGAUCAAUAGACUUAUGGCUGCAAAACAGAAACUUAGACAGUUACAAGAUCUUGUUGCUAUGGUACAGGAUGAUGAUGCAGAUCAAGGGGCUGUCUCAGCCAAUACUUCAAACUUGGAUGAUUUCUACCUGGCAGAAGAAGACACCAAACAAAAUCCAAAUAACACUAGAGAAAAUGCCAAUAAACCACAGAAAGAUGCUGGAGUAAAUGAAAAGGAAAGAGAAAAGUUUUAUGAAGCUAAACUACAGCAGCAACAGAGAGAGCUCAAACAAUUGCAGGAAGAAAGAAAGAAACUGAUUGAGAUUCAAGAGAAAAUUCAGGCAUUACAAAAGGCAUGUCCUGACCUACAGCUGUCAGCCACUAGUGUGGGUAGUUGUCCCACAAAAAAUUAUCUGCCUGCUGUUACUUCAACACCAACUGUUCAUGAAAAUGAAAGUAGUACAAGCAAAUCUGUGUUUGAGCCUGAAGAGUCUUCAGUCGUAGAUAAUGAGCUAUGGUCAGAAAUGCGAAGACAUGAAAUGUUAAGGGAAGAGCUACGGCAGAGAAGAAAGCAGCUUGAAGCUCUGAUGGCUGAGCAUCAGAGGAGGCAAGGUCUAGCUGAAACUGCAUCUCCAGUUGCUGUUUCAGUCAGAAGUGAUGGCUCUGAGAACUUAUGCACUCCUCAGCAAAGUAGAACAGAAAAAACAAUGGCAACUUGGGGAGGUUCUACCCAGUGUGCACUGGAUGAAGAAGGAGAUGAAGAUGGUUACCUUUCUGAAGGAGUCAUGCGGACAGAUGAGGAGGAGGAAGAAGAAGAGCAAGAUGCCAGUUCCAAUGAUAAUUUUUCUAUGUAUCCUCCUAACUGUGUGAAUCAUAAUUCCUAUAAUGUAAAGGAAACUAAAAAGAGAUGGAAGAACAGUGACCCUUUUUCAGCAGAUGGAAAUUAUCGUCCCUUAGCCAAGACAAGGCAACAGAAUAUCAGUAUGCAACGUCAAGAAAACCUUCGUUGGGUAUCAGAACUUUCUUAUGUAGAAGAGAAAGAACAAUGGCAAGAACAAAUUAAUCAGCUGAAGAAACAGCUUGAUUUCAGUGUCAGUAUUUGUCAAACUUUGAUGCAAGAUCAGCAGACUCUCUCUUGUCUACUACAGACUCUUCUCACAGGUCCUUACAGUGUUAUGCCCAGCAAUGUUGCAUCUCCUCAAGUACACCUUAUAAUGCAUCAGUUGAACCAAUGCUAUACUCAGCUAACAUGGCAACAGAAUAAUGUUCAGAGAUUGAAGCAAAUGUUAAGUGAACUUAUGCGCCAACAAAAUCAGCAUCCUGAAAAACCUGGAAACAAGGAACGAGGCAGUAGUGCUUCACACCCCCCUUCUCCCAGUUUAUUUUGUCCUUUCGGCUUUCCAACACAGCCUGUAAAUUUGUUUUCCCUACCUGGAUUUACUAAUUUUUCAUCAUUUACUCCAGGUAUGAAUUUCAGCCCUUUAUUUCCUCCUAAUUUGGGAGAUCUUUCUCAGAAUAUUUCUGCACCCUCUGAGCAGCAACCAAUAAUCCAGAAUCCUUCAGGGAAAACAGAAUAUAUGGCUUUUCCAAAACCUUUUGAAAGCAGUUCUUCUAUUGGAGCAGAUAAACAAAGGAAUCAAAAACAGCCCGAAGAGGAGGUGGACAGCAAUAGGCCACCAUGGUUAUAUGACCAAGAAGGGGAAGUAGAAAAACCAUUUAUUAACGCUGGAUUUGCAGCAUCUGUAGAGAAAACUGUAAAUAGUAAUCGUAAAAAUCACUUAGAUAGUAGCAGGAGAAGACGCCAAUUUGAUGAAGAAUCAUUAGAAAGCUUUAGCAGUAUGCCUGAUCCAGUAGAUCCAACAACAGUGACCAAAACAUUCAAGACAAAAAAAGCAUCUGCGCAGGCCAGCCUGGCAUCUAAAGAUAAAACUCCCAAAUCAAAGAGUAAGAAGAGGAAUACUACUCAACUGAAAAGCAGAGUUAAAAAUAUUGGGUAUGAAAGUGCCAGUAUGUCUAGCACAUGUGAACCUUGCAAAAGUAGGAACAGACAUUCAGCCCAGACUGAAGAGCCUGUUCAAGCAAAAAUAUUCAACAGAAAGAAUCAUGAGCAGCUGGAAAAAAUAAUAAAAUGUAGUAGGUCAACAGAAAUAUCUUCAGAAACUGGGAGUGAUUUUUCCUUGUUUGAAGCUUUGCGGGAUACUAUUUAUUCUGAAGUAGCAACAUUAAUUUCUCAAAAUGAAUCUCGUCCACAUUUUCUUAUUGAGCUCUUCCAUGAACUUCAGUUACUUAAUACAGACUACUUGAGACAGAGAGCCUUAUAUGUAUUGCAGGACAUAGUAUCCAGACAUACAUCUGAGAGCCAUGAAAAAGAAGGGGAAAAUGUGAAGUCAGUGAAUUCUGGUACUUGGAUAGCAUCAAACUCAGAACUUACUCCAAGUGAAAGCCUUGCUACUACUGAUGAUGAAACCUUUGAGAAGAACUUUGAGAGAGAAACACAUAAAAUAAGUGAGCAAAAUGAUGCUGAUAAUGCUAGUGUCUUAUCUGUAUCUUCAAAUUUUGAGCCUUUUGCAACAGAUGAUCUAGGCAACACUGUGAUUCACUUAGAUCAAGCAUUAGCAAGAAUGAGGGAAUAUGAGCGUGUGAAGACUGAGGCUGAAACUAACCCAAAUAUAAGAUGCACCUGCAGAAUUAUUGAGGCUGAAGAUGGUGCUGCUGAUACAACUGUGGUUAAUAACUUAGAAGAAACUCCUAUUAUUGAAAAUCAUAGUUCUCAACAACCUGUCAGUGAAGUUUCUAACGUCCCUUGUCCUAGAAUUGAUACUCAGCAGCUGGACCGACAAAUUAAAGCAAUUAUGAAAGAAGUUAUUCCUUUUUUGAAGGAACACAUGGAUGAAGUAUGUUCUUCUCACCUUCUAACUUCAGUAAGACGCAUGGUUUUGACCCUUACUCAGCAAAAUGAUGAGAGCAAAGAGUUUGUAAAGUUCUUUCAUAAACAGCUUGGAAGUAUAUUACAGGAUUCACUGGCAAAAUUUGCUGGAAGAAAACUGAAGGACUGUGGUGAGGAUCUUCUUGUUGAAAUAUCUGAAGUGUUGUUUAAUGAGUUGGCUUUCUUUAAGCUCAUGCAAGAUUUGGAUAAUAAUAGUAUAACUGUUAAACAGAGAUGCAAAAGGAAAAUAGAAGCAGCUGGAGUGAUACAGUCUUAUGCCAAAGAGGCCAAAAGGAUUCUUGAAGGAGAUCAUGGCUUACCUACUGGAGAGAUUGAUGAUGAAGACAAAGACAAGGAUGAGACUGAAACAGUUAAGCAGACUCAAACAUCUGAGGCAUAUGAUGGUGAAGGUUCCAAAAAUGUGAGAUCUGAUGUUUCUGAUCAAGAAGAAAAUGAAGAAAGUGAAGGAUGUCCAGUGUCCAUUAAUUUGUCUAAAGCUGAAACUCAGGCUUUGACUAAUUACGGAAGUGGAGAAGAUGAGAAUGAAGAUGAAGAAAUAGAAGAAUUUGAAGAGGGUCCUGUAGAUGUCCAGACUUCACUUCAGGCAAACAUUGAAACUACAGAAGAAAAUGAACAUGAUCAGGUUCUACAACAUGACUUUGAAAAAACAACAGAAAGCAAAAAUGUACCAUCAGAACAGGAACCCACUUCAACUAAAGAUGACCAAGAUAGUACUCCUGUGAAACCCUGUUACCUCAAUAUUUUAGAAAAUGAGCAACCUUUAAAUAGUGCUGCCCAUAAGGACUCACUCACUACCAUCGAUUCAUCCAAACAGCCUAAUCCUUUGCCAUUACCUUUAACUGAAAUUGAAACCUUAGUGCCUAGAGUCAAAGAAGCUAAAUCCACUCAGGAAACUCCUGAAAGCUCUCUGGCUGGAAGUCCUGAUACUGAAUCUCCUGUGUUAGUGAAUGACUAUGAAGCAGAAUCUGGUAAUAUAAGUCAAAAAUCUGAUGAAGAAGACUUUGUGAAAGUUGAAGAUUUACCACUUAAACUGACAAUAUAUUCAGAGGCAGAUCUUAGGAAGAAAAUGGCAGAAGAGGAACAGAAUAACCGUUUAUCUGGGGAAAUCUGUGAAACACAAAGUGAAGAAUUAGCUGGGAAUUCCCAAAAACUAAAAGAACCUGAAAUAGUGGGAGCCCAAAGUAUAUGA